AUGGCCACAGCAGUAGAUGGCAGGCCCUCGGGAUCCACUAGCAAUAGCUGUGACCCAGGCACAGCCUGGGAGCAUGUGCAGGCUGUGACCCGAAACUACAUCACCCACCCCCGAGUCAGUGAGUACUCAUGUCCAACUGCAUACAGGACGGUGUGCAGCGUCAAUGGACCUCUGGUGGUGCUGGACCAGGUCAAGUUUGCCCAGUAUGCCGAGAUUGUCAACUUUACCCUCCCUGAUGGUACUCAGAGGAGCGGCCAAGUGCUCGAAGUGGCUGGGACCAAGGCCAUUGUUCAGGUAUUUGAGGGGACCUCCGGGAUUGAUUCCCAGAAGACCACAUGCGAAUUCACAGGGGACAUCCUGCGGACUCCUGUGUCGGAGGACAUGCUGGGUCGGAUUUUCAAUGGCUCUGGCAAACCCAUUGACAAAGGACCUGCUGUCAUGGCAGAGGACUUUUUGGACAUCAAUGGCCAGCCAAUCAAUCCCCAUGACCGAAUCUACCCUGAGGAGAUGAUCCAGACUGGAAUCUCCCCCAUCGAUGUCAUGAACAGCAUUGCCCGUGGUCAGAAGAUUCCCAUCUUCUCGGCAGCUGGGCUCCCCCACAAUGAGAUUGCAGCCCAGAUCUGCCGCCAAGCCGGGCUGGUAAAGAAAUCCAAGGCUGUGCUGGAUUAUCAUGAAGACAAUUUCGCCAUUGUCUUUGCAGCCAUGGGGGUGAACAUGGAGACAGCCAGGUUCUUCAAGUCAGAUUUCGAGCAGAAUGGAACCAUGGGAAACGUCUGUCUCUUCUUGAAUUUGGCCAAUGACCCUACGAUUGAGCGGAUCAUCACCCCACGUCUGGCACUGACCACAGCUGAGUUCCUUGCCUACCAGUGUGAGAAGCACGUGCUGGUCAUACUGACCGACAUGAGCUCCUACGCAGAGGCUUUGCGGGAGGUCUCAGCGGCUCGAGAAGAAGUGCCAGGACGCCGAGGCUUCCCUGGCUAUAUGUACACAGACUUGGCCACCAUCUAUGAGCGAGCUGGCCGUGUGGAGGGCCGGGGUGGUUCCAUCACCCAGAUCCCCAUUCUCACCAUGCCUAAUGACGAUAUCACCCACCCCAUCCCAGACUUGACUGGCUUCAUCACAGAGGGACAGAUUUAUGUGGACAGACAGCUACACAACCGGCAGGUCUACCCACCCAUCAAUGUGCUCCCUUCCCUCUCACGACUGAUGAAGUCGGCCAUAGGCGAGGGCAUGACCAGAAAGGAUCACGGAGAUGUCUCCAACCAGCUGUAUGCCUGCUACGCCAUCGGGAAGGAUGUGCAGGCCAUGAAAGCGGUGGUGGGGGAGGAGGCGCUCACCUCCGAGGACCUGCUCUACCUGGAGUUCCUGCAGAAGUUUGAGAAGAAUUUCAUCAACCAAGGCCCCUACGAGAACCGCACGGUGUUCGAGUCGCUGGACCUGGGCUGGAAACUACUGCGCAUCUUUCCGAAAGAGAUGCUGAAGCGCAUUCCUCAGAGCGUGACGGAUGAGUUCUACUCUCGCCAGGGGGCGCAGCAGGACCCCGCAUCCGAAACUGCGCUCUAAAGCCACCCCCACCCCCAGCUGCAGCCUUCGCUUGUGGCUUGAACCACGUCUUAUGCCCUACAUUGACAGGGGUGUCUUUUAGUGUAGGUGGGUGGGUGGGCUUUUUUGCUUUAGGGGCUUGCUGAGAAUGGACGCAAAGGAGGGAGUUCGGUAUCCAGAAUAUUAAGCAGGCAUUCUUACUACUGAACUCCACUGUAGAACUCCAUUUUUAUUUUAGAAGCCCCGCCUCCAAUGAUGUAACUGAAAUGUAAAAAAAACAAAACAAAACAAAACAAAAACAAAAACAGUA